AUGUGGGCUUCCGAGGCCGGGCUCCACGACGAUGACCCGCGCGAGAUCCAGCGUCGACGAGAGGCUUAUGCUCGAGAGCUUGACCAUCAAAUCGCGUUGCGCCGGGCACGUCAGCAUCAAGAGGAGAUGGAGCGCGAGGAGCUGGAGCGCAAGCUGGCGCCAACUGAGCUCUCGCCAUCGAAGUGGCUAGUCGAAGGCGGCCACCUGGACCCACCGCCAACCACUCAAUCACCCUGGAAGUUUACUCAAAGUGUAAAUCUCCAUAACGAGCAGCAACAGGACCGCGGCGCCGCCACUGGCGAGGCGAACAGCGUGUCAUCGUCCCACCCGCGCUUCCGAGUGACUGAUGAGAGCGAGACCAGCCAGAGGCUGCGGGAGCGCGCGCAGCAGAUGCAGUGGAAGCGGGUCUUAGACGAACAAGUGCAAGAGAAGGCUCGGCUGAAAGAGCAAGAUGAGGCCGAGCGCCGAUGUAGUGAGGAGGACGCAGCCAGAGAGGAGAUGCGCUACGUUCGAGAGCAACAGCUACGGGCGCAGCGGCGACUCGGACACUUUUCACCGGCAUUGAACACCGAGUACAGGACAGAUACCAAUCCUCCGUAUCAUGCGCUGCCUUCGCCGCCAGAAUUGACGACAAAUAGACAAAGGGACGACUUCCAGCAGCCUGGCAACAAGACUGACUUUGCGUUCAACAAUGACGGACGGGACGAUAAAAUGUCGACGUAUUAUCGAGACCAUCAGUAUGGAAACCCAGGAGCAGCGGAAGCGAUGCUGCCUCCGCCUGCACCAUCACGUAUUCCAAUGCCGCAAGAUAAUGGACGCAGUACGAGGGAGGAAAGUCGGGAUACAUUUAAUCGGAGUACAGCAGGUGGCAUUGCUGCAAGGCAGCAAUACUUCCAGGACAAUGCUUCACAGGCCUCACGUCAGCAACUGGAGCAACAGAGUCGCAUAAUUGAUGAAUACCGCUCACUUCUGGCAGAAAUCCGUCGCGAACGCGAGGAGUUACGGCGGGAGCGAGACGAGAUGCGACAAGAGAAGGAGGAGCUGCGCGUGCAAAGAGCACUGCUGCAAUUGGAGAACGAAAAGAUGGCCAGCCUCGUGGAUGCACAACGGGCGCUCAAUGAACAGCAUCAACAGGACUUACAGGCACAGCAGGCACACCAAGAAGCUCAACAACAUGCCCAACCUCAGCAGUAUCAACCUGUUUCAUUUCAGCAGCGACUAUCACCCGACGACCCGGAAGCGCUGGUCCAUUCGCGGCUGAAUCAGAUACGCCAGACCCUCGGUGAUUUAGAAAUUCACGAUGACCACCCCGAGCCUGUAAUGCCAGGAAGACGGAGGAAGCCACCGAGUCCGAUGUCUAUGGCGGAUUUUUCAGCACCUACACCCCAGAAACGCAUGACCGUCAGCGUUAUGGACUCGCCGCGCUUCCAGCGGUUGUCUCGGUAUCGACCGACCCCAGCUGUUCCGGCUCACGACGAAAGCGCGCUGGAUCAGUCUCUGAUUGGCGAAAGCGUCUUUGUACCAGUGAGUCCCAAGUCCCAACAGCAAAGCAACACCGGACCAAUACCACGCACUACUUCGUCCCCCACUUCAGCUGACAGACAGAAAGAAAAUCUCCGUACGAAUGCUCUUCGAAGCAGCCGCGUCAUCAAAAGUCGAGGUUUCUACAACUUCGAGCAGGAGCUCAAGAGUGAAGACAGACUGGAGUCUUUUGCAAGUGGAUCCAUUAGUGGAAGUGUCCUCGACUCAGACCUUGGCAGCAGCUUUUAUGGCGAUGACGACGUAGACGAUGAGAUCGACAAUCCUGACGACCAGAGCGCAGACCCUCAUCCCGCAGCGAACAGUGGUUUAUUCCAGGUUCAAGUGCUGGUGUGA